AUUGAACUUAAUUGCGUCGUCUCCGUGUGGUUUGUCUAUAAAUCACAUUAAAAAAUCUGAUUAAGGGCAUCCAAAACAAUGUUUAUGUUAGAAGACUGUUGUAUUUCUUUUUUAUAGUUAAUUCCUACCUAAGUUAUAGAUACCAAUGAUGAAUAACCCUCCAGGAGGAUCAUCGUCUCAAGAUGCAGCAGUGCAGGAAUUCACAAUACGAGUGCCAAAGAAUGUUAAAAAGAAACAUCAUGUGAUGAGAUUUAAUGCCACUCUCAAAGUGGACUUUGCAAAAUGGACUCAUGUCAAAAUGGAGCGUGAGAACAACAUCAAGGAGUUCAAAGGGAUUGAAGAAGAAAUGCCUAAGUACGGUGCAGGCUCAGAGUAUGGUCGAGAUCUUCGUGAAGAGGCACGCCGCAAGAAGUUUGGCAUCACAUCAAGGAAGUACAAGCCUGAAGAUCAGCCUUGGAUCCUAAAAAUUGGUGGCAAAAAGUUCAAAGGGAUCCGUGAAGGCGGUGUGUCAGAGAAUGCUGCAUACUAUGUGUUCACUCAUGGUGUGGGCAACACUAUUGAAGCAUUCCCUUUGCUUGAGUGGUACAAUUUCCAACCAAUACAAAGAUAUAAGGCGUUAUCCGCUGAAGAAGCAGAACAAGAAUUUGGAAGACGCAACAAAGUGAUAAAUUACUUCUCGCUGAUGUUCCGCAAGCGCAUGCGCGGGGAGGAAGGUGGCGACGAUGCUGACGACCCUGAUGAGAAGAAGCCCAAAGGAGCCAAAGCUAAGAAAGAGCUGAAGAUAUCUGAGAUGGACGAGUGGAUGGCGUCUGAGGACGACUCUGAUGAUGACUCAGAGGAGGGCGAGAAGGACAACGAUAGCGACUCCGGUGCUAAGAAGAAAAAGGAUAAAAAAGCUGCACUAACAAAGAAGAAGAGGAAAGUAGAUGACGAGGCUUUCGAGGAAAGUGACGACGGUGACGAAGAGGGAAGGGAGAGGGACUACAUAUCUGAUUCAUCGGAAAGUGAAUCAGAUCACGAGUCUAAGGCGAAUAAAGAAUUGAAAGGUGUAGCGGAGGAAGACGGACUCAGGAAAAUCUUGACAUCGGAGGAGGAGUCUGAGGAGGAGCAGGAACAAAAGCAGGAGUCGGAGCAGGAGGACGAGCCCACUAAAGAGGGCGAGGAGCGCGCCAGCAAACUCACCAAGAAGGCCAAGAAGAAAGGGGAUGAGGGCAAAAAAGAGUCGAGCAGCGACUUUAGUUCCGACUCUGACACUGACCCGGAGACCAGCGCCCCCAAGAAGACAAAGAAGACUAAGACCAGCGAAAAGAAUCCGCCCGCGGCUAACUCCUCUGCGCCGGGGUCAGCGAGCACAUCUCGUGCGGGCACUCCGCAGCCUGGUGCAGCUGCAGGUGCUGGCGGCGCUGCUGCUGCGGCGGUCGCGGCGGCCAAUGCGGCGUCCGCACAUGCACCCAGCAAACGUGUCAAACUUGAUGCAGCGUAUACCGAGUGCGGGGUGACUGAGGAAGCAGUGCGGCGGUACUUGGCGCGUAAGCCCAUGACCACCACUGAACUGCUGACAAAGUUCAAGUCGAAGCGCACCGGCGUCAGCAGCGACCGCCUCGUCGAGACAAUGACGCAGAUCCUCAAACGCAUCAACCCUCUCAAGCAGAACAUCAACGGAAAAAUGUAUCUCAGCAUUAACCAUACGUGAUGAAUAAACUUAUCGACACAU